AUGCAUGUUUUCUUCUUCCACGUACAGGCUCCUGAUGGCCAUAUCUUUCUAGAAGCCUUUUCUCCAGUUUACAAGUAUGCACAGGAUUUUUUAGUUGCUAUUGCUGAGCCGGUGUGCAGGCCAACACACAUCCACGAGUACAAGCUGACCGCUUACUCGCUUUAUGCCGCAGUUAGUGUUGGCUUGCAAACAAGCGACAUCACAGAGUAUUUACAAAAACUGAGCAAAACUGGUGUCCCAGAUGGAAUAGUUCAGUUCAUCAAGUUGUGUACUGUCAGCUACGGGAAGGUGAAGCUGGUGCUGAAACACAACAGGUAUUUUGUGGAAAGUACCCACCCUGAUGUCAUUCAGCAGCUUCUGCAAGACCAUGUUAUUAAAGAAUGUCGCCUGAGAAACGCUGAGGGUGAAGAAACCGAGCUCAUUACAGAGACAUUUACCAGUAAAUCAGCGAUUUCCAAAUCCAGUGAAGGAGGCCUGGGUCCAUCAACAUCACAAGGAACAGAUGCUCAGAAUAAGCCAGAUGUCCCAGCAGAUUUAUUUGAAUUUUAUGAACAAAUGGACAAAGAUGAGGAGGAGGAGGAAGAAACACAGACAGUGUCUUUUGAAGUCAAGCAGGAGAUGAUUGAAGAGCUUCAGAAGCGUUGUAUCCAUUUGGAAUACCCCUUGCUGGCAGAAUAUGAUUUCAGAAAUGAUUCGGUGAAUCCUGAUAUUAAUAUAGAUCUGAAACCCACAGCUGUUCUCAGACCCUACCAAGAGAAAAGCCUAAGGAAGAUGUUUGGAAAUGGGCGAGCUAGAUCUGGUGUUAUUGUCUUGCCCUGCGGUGCUGGCAAGUCCCUGGUAGGAGUGACAGCCGCGUGCACUGUCCGCAAGCGGUGUCUGGUGCUCGGCAAUUCCGCAGUGUCCGUGGAGCAGUGGAAAGCCCAGUUCAAGAUGUGGUCCACCAUCGAUGACAGCCAGAUUUGUCGGUUCACUUCAGAUGCCAAAGACAAACCCAUUGGCUGUUCUAUUGCUAUUAGCACAUACUCCAUGUUGGGACACACAACUAAAAGAUCCUGGGAAGCAGAGAGAGUAAUGGAAUGGCUUAAAAGUCAAGAGUGGGGCCUUAUGAUUCUUGAUGAAGUACAUACUAUCCCUGCAAAAAUGUUCAGACGUGUGCUCACUAUAGUACAAGCUCACUGCAAACUGGGACUGACUGCUACCCUGGUCAGAGAAGAUGAUAAAAUUGUUGACCUGAACUUCCUGAUUGGGCCAAAGCUCUAUGAAGCCAACUGGAUGGAGCUGCAGAACAGUGGCUACAUUGCUAAAGUGCAGUGUGCUGAGGUUUGGUGCCCAAUGUCGCCUGAAUUUUAUAGAGAGUACGUGGCUAUCAAGACAAAGAAGCGGAUUCUGCUGUAUACCAUGAACCCAAAUAAAUUCAGAGCCUGCCAGUUUCUGAUAAAGUUUCACGAGCGGCGGAAUGAUAAAAUCAUCGUAUUUGCUGACAACGUGUUUGCACUGAAGGAGUAUGCAAUCAGGCUUGGGAAACCCUACAUAUAUGGUCCUACUGCACAAGGAGAGAGAAUGCAAAUUCUACAGAACUUCAAGCACAAUCCAAAAAUCAACACUAUUUUUAUUUCCAAGGUGGGUGACACAUCCUUUGAUCUCCCAGAAGCCAAUGUCCUCAUUCAGAUUUCGUCCCAUGGUGGGUCUCGAAGACAGGAGGCUCAAAGGCUGGGACGAGUGCUGAGAGCCAAAAAAGGCAUGGUUGCAGAGGAAUACAAUGCCUUUUUUUAUUCUCUUGUAUCACAAGACACUCAGGAAAUGGCAUAUUCCACCAAGCGACAACGAUUUCUUGUAGAUCAAGGUUAUAGUUUCAAGGUGAUAACAAAGCUGGCUGGCAUGGAGGAGGAAGAGCUUUCAUUUUCAUCCAAAGAAGAACAGCAGCAGCUUCUCCAGAAAGUCCUGCAAGCAUCAGACCUAGAUGCUGAGGAGGAAGUAGUAGCUGGAGAAUAUGGUUCCAAGUCAGCUCAGGUGUCCCGCCGCGUGGGCACCAUGAGCUCCAUGUCAGGAGCAGACGACACGGUUUACAUGGAAUACCACUCUUCCCGGAGUAAGGCAUCGGCAAACAAGCACAUCCAUCCGCUGUUCAAGCGCUUCCGGAAAUGA